CAGAAGCACCAGGGGAAAGGGCCCAGCUGGGCCAGCCCUGCAGAGACCAUGGGAUCCACAGAGACAAGGCAUCCCCCUGCCAUGUUUGACUGGUUCUUUGAAGCUGGCCGCCCCAACUCCCUGGAGGAGGAUCCCCCCAUCCUGCGGCAGUUCCCUCCAGACUUCCAGGAACAGGAAGCCAUGAAGAUGGUGCCCAGGUUCUGUUUCCCCUUUGACAUAGAAAGGGAGCCGCCCAGCCCUGCUGUUCAGCAUUUCACCUUUGCCCUCACUGACCUGGUGGGCAACCGUAGAUUUGGCUUCUGCCGCCUGCGAGCUGGUGCACAGAGUUGCCUCUGUAUCCUCAGCCACUUUCCCUGGUUUGAAGUGUUCUACAAGAUCCUCAAUAACGUGGGGGACCUUCUAGCCCAGAACCAAGUGGCCGAGGCUGAAGAACUCCUACAAAACCUACAGCAACACCCACUUCUUGGACCCCAGUUUUCAGGAAGACCAGAGAUGGAAGGCGGCGGCAGCAUCACUGUCUGGAGCAAAUGUGGAAUCUUGCCUCCUGCUCUGGGGGAUAGCAAGCUGCUUUCAUGUUUUGUGGCUCCGGAUGCUGCCAGCUUGCCAUCUAUUCCUGAGAAUAGGAACCUUACUGAGCUGGUGGUAGCUGUGACAGAUGAAAACAUCGUGGGGAUCUUCGCAGCGCUGCUAGCCGAGAGGAGGGUCUUGCUCACUGCCAGCAAGCUCAGCACCCUGACAGCCUGUGUCCACGCAUCCUGUGCCCUGCUCUACCCCAUGCGCUGGGAGCAUGUUUUGAUCCCCACGCUACCCCCGCACCUGCUGGAUUACUGCUGCGCGCCCAUGCCCUACCUCAUAGGAGUCCAUGGCAGUCUGGCUGAGAAAGUCCGAGAGAAAGCGCUAGAAGAUGUUGUGGUGUUGAAUGCAGACUCUAACACCCUGGAGACACCCUUUGACGAUGUGCAAGCUCUGCCGCCAGAUGUGGUAUCCCUGCUGAGGCUUCGGCUAAGGAAGGUUGCACUGAGCCCCGGGGAAGGGGUGUCCCGUCUCUUCCUCAAAGCGCAGGCCCUGCUCUUUGGAGGGUACCGGGACGCCCUUGUCUGCAUCCCGGGUCAGCCAGUGACCUUCAGUGAGGAAGCUUUCUUGGCUCAGAAGCCCGGGGCGCCCCUGCAAGCAUUCCACAAAAAGGCGGUACACUUGCAGCUGUUCAAGCAGUUCAUCGAAUCCCGACUAGAAAAACUCAAUGCUGGGGAAGGUUUCUCAGACCAAUUUGAGCAAGAGAUCAUUGCCUGCCGCGGAGCUUCCUCAGGCACCCUUCGGUCUUACCAGCUCUGGGUAGAUAGUCUUAAGAAAGGUAGCGAUGCCCUUCUGCAUUCAAUGAAGACAAAAACCCAACCAGCCGUCAGGAACAUGUACCGGUCGGCAAAGAGCGGCUUGAAGGGUAUGCAGAACCUGCUCGUGGUUAAGGAUGGAGACUCCGGCCUGCAGAGGGGGGGCUCCCUGAGAACCCCAAGCCUCACCAGUCGCUCAGAUCGUCUGCAACAGCGCCUGCCCAUUAGCCAGCACUUUGGACAGAACAGGCCCCUCCGCCCCAACAGGAGACUCAAGACAGAAGGGGGACCUUCUGAAUCCCCGCGGGAGAGGAGCCCCACCUUGAGCCUUGGGGACACUCAGAAUCCCUGGGCAGAGGACACUCUAGAUGGCAGCUUUCUGGGGUCUGGAGAAGAGCUGGAUCUACUGAGUGAGAUUCUAGACACGCUGAAUGUGGAAACCAAGAGUGGCGACCGGCAGAGGGCCAGCCCGAGCUUAGACUGCUGUCAGCAAGGAGCAUCGGAGAGCUGCUCCAGCCUGCCUGACAUCCCAGUGGGGUUACCAUGGCAACUGGAAGAAGACAAGCGAUCCCAGGAUCCUCAGCCUUGGUCCCUACCUGGUGACCUGUCACUUCUGCAAGACACCCCAUUUUCAGAGGUUGUAAACUACUCAAAGAACUCCUGCUCUCAGCCAUUUCGGCAAAGCCCCCCAAGCCAAGGGGACCCCGGGUCCUCUCUCAGCAAGCUGGAUCCUAGACCCUCACAAAGCCCUUGCCCCAGGCUCCUCAGAGUCUCCACUCGGCACAGUCCUCCAGAAAGCCCCCAGCUUCUUGUCUCCACAGAGCCCAACUCUGAUGCUAUCCGGAAAUUACAAUCCAUUCCGUCUCCCUCAGGCUCUCAUUCUGCAGAGAACCCCAGAAACCAGCCUCCCCAGGUCCUCCUGGGCCAGGCUUGUAUACAACCCCUCGAGGAGCCAAGAGCCCCUACUUCUUAUGUCUCUCAUGUAAGCACGCAGCAAAGGCCACAGGACAAGCAACCUCGAGUUGCUGAUCUGAAGAAGUGUUUUGAAAACUAAGAU